UUAUAUGUAAUUAUGAAUUGAAUCUAGCGUCUGAAUAAAUUGACUAAUUUUAUUGAUGUUGGUUACGAGAAUAUGAAAAAAGGCGGGGACAAAGUGGAUUCUAUGCUAUCGGUAACCUGAGCUAUAGAGAUUACAGUAGAGAGGAGAAACGGCCCAUAAA